AUGGACGACGCGCCGCCCGACAUGCCCACCACCCAGGCGCACGCCCAUCCCGACGCCCAGGCCACCGUCACCGACUUCCUCGACUACACCGAGUUCUACCCUUCCGAUCUGGCCCGCUCCCUGACCCUGAUCGAGAAGCUGGACAAGCUGUACUGCGAUGCCACCGACCGCGUCCACAAGCUCACCGUCAUCUACGGCCAUCUCCCCAAGCUCCCCCAGGCCGAGCGCCCCGACGCCCAGCAGCUGCGCAAGGACAUAUCCAAGGCCCUCAUCGACGCCGAGCGCUUCCGCGAGUCUGCUUACGCCGAGGCUGCCCGUCUUUGCGACAACACCGAGCGCCAUGCCACCCGCCUCGUCACCAUCAAGAAGAAGCUGCAGGCCUUGCCCGAGCCGCCUUCGCGCGACCCCACCCCCGUUCCGCAGGCCACCCCGCAAGCCACCCGCAGCCGCAAGAUCGAGCUGGAGCGGACGCCGCGCAUAACCUUCAACUACGGCGAGGCCACGACGCGCCCGCGGCCCACGUCGACCGCCCGCGUGCAAAAGCAUCGCGAACGGAAGCGGAAGCGCGCCCAGGAGGCGGCCAGAGGCAUUGCCCCGGGCCAGUCGGUCGAGCGCAACCUGGAGUCGCCGCAGCCGAGCUCUGAUUGGGAUGACGGUGCGUCUGAUCUUGAUGGCGACAUUGACAUCGACACAGUGUCGGGCGUCAAGAUCCCAAAGAUCAAGGGCCCGAAGCAAAAGGGCAACAAGGCCGGCCGCGCCCCGCGCACCCCCGGCAUGGGCACAAACGUCCACAGCUCCGUCGCCGGCAUCUCGACCAGCAACGCCCUGGCCCAGCUGACGCCCCCGCCCGCCGACGCCAAGCCCGGCAGCAAGUAUGCCCCGUGGCACAAGCUGACCGAGUACGAAAUGGCCGUGCUGCGCAAGACGAUGAAGAAGAACGCCAUCUGGCAGCCCAGCGACACCAUGAUCCGACGCGAAUUGUCCAGCAAGGGACGGGGGUGGGAGAAUUACAAAAAGGCCCGCGAGAUGGCCGAGGAGACGGGCGAGCCGUUCCUUGACGAGUCGCCCAUGGACCCCAACAAGGAGGUCCUCGACCCGGGUGAGACGAGCUUCAAACCCCUCGGCAAGGAAGACAACAAUCUGAUCAACCGGGGCAUGAAGCUCAAUGAGAUGAAGAAGCUCAAGAGAGAGGCUUCCAUGCGUGAGCAAGCAGCCCGCGACGCUCAGGAAAUCGAAGACGCCAGCCGUCGAAUGGCCGAGGCCAGCGCCGUCAUCAAAAACGUUUUCGACGGCCCUGCCCCGACCCCCAUUUCCCUUGUCAAAGACAAGUCCAAGUCGGCCAAGAAGCGGAAGCGAGACUCGACUCCCGACCCCACCAAGCCCGAACCGAACGAGGGCUCCUCCCAGCCUCCAGACACCGCACCCCGUCCGUCGGGUCCCAAGAAGCUGAAGUUGGGCCCUCCGGCACCGCCCAGGCCCGACAAUGCCGGAACCCCUUCUCCGACAGCCACCCGACCGCAGAGCUCGCCGACGGCCGAGGCGUCGACCAUGCAGGUUCCUCUUGCGCCAGAAGGGCCAAGCUCCCCUCACGCCCCGAGCGCGCCCCCGACCCGAACCCAGACUCCGAUCCUCACCUCUCCAGUCGAAGCCCCGAAUCCAACCGUUCCUUCGACGACCGCAGCCGGAACUCGCUCCCGCCGCACGUCAGUGGCACCCAAAGCGUCGACACCCUUGGAAGGCGGCAUUACUCCUGCAGAAAAUCACGCUCGUCCACGAUCCCGGGCCGGGUCAGCCAUAAAGGCCGCUUCGGCCGAGCCUCCGAUCAAGCGCGAGCCCCGUGAGUUGCGCGAGCUGCGUCGCGGCAGCAACGUCAGCAUCCCGCUUCCCACGGAUCAACCGAGCUCUGGGACGGCGUCGGCGGGGACGCCCGGGUCCGGGCCACGUCUUUCGGUGCGACGUAGCAAACGACCGGCGCCUGGGACAAUGACCAAGGACAAGAAGGUUGUCAUUGGCAGACGCUCGACGGCUCCGCGGAAGAAGGUUCGGAAGACGGAAGACAAGGCGGAUAUGAUGCAGCACGAGGCGAUUGAGGACAUUGACCCGAACGAGCCCAGGUAUUGCCUCUGUGGGGACGUGAGCUAUGGGGCCAUGGUCGCUUGUGAUAAUGACAACUGUGAGAAGGAGUGGUUCCAUCUCGAAUGUGUCGGUUUGCCCAACGGCAUCAAGGACGGUGAGACGUGGUAUUGUCCAGAGUGCAGGGCGAUUCUCCAUAUCGAUGCCAAGGGCAACCCAGCAGGCAACGGCAAGCGUCGCUAG